UCGGCUUCUUCGCUGUUGCCGCCGCCGCCGCUGCCGCUGCCGCGGUUGCUGGGGGUGGGUGAGAGGAGGAGCUGUCGCCGACCCUGUAGAGUCCGCCUCUGCUGCUGUCUUUGCCUGAGGAGUCUUCCUUCCUGCUUCGCGCCCUGACUCCCGUGGUGUCGAGGGGGAGUCCCGUGGACACCUCGGCACGCAGUGGAGAUGCCUCUCUUUGCCACCAAUCCUUUCGAUCAGGAUGUUGAGAAAGCAACCAGUGAGAUGAAUACCGCUGAGGACUGGGGCCUCAUUUUGGAUAUUUGUGAUAAAGUUGGUCAGUCUCGCACUGGACCUAAAGACUGUCUUCGGUCUAUUAUGAGGAGGGUGAACCAUAAAGAUCCUCAUGUUGCUAUGCAAGCUUUGACUCUUCUGGGAGCAUGUGUAUCAAACUGUGGCAAAAUUUUUCAUUUAGAAGUGUGUUCAAGAGAUUUUGCUAGUGAAGUAAGCAACGUAUUAAAUAAGGGUCAUCCUAAAGUAUGUGAAAAAUUAAAAGCUCUUAUGGUUGAAUGGACAGAUGAAUUUAAGAAUGAUCCCCAGCUUAGUUUAAUAUCAGCAAUGAUUAAGAACCUCAAGGAACAAGGAGUUACUUUUCCAGCAGUUGGUUCUCAGGCUGCAGAACAAGCGAAAGCAAGCCCAGCUCUGGUAGCCAAGGAUCCUGAAACUGUGGCUAACAAAAAGGAAGAAGAAGAUUUAGCCAAAGCUAUUGAGCUGUCCCUGAAAGAACAAAGGCAACAGCCAGCCACACUUUCCAGUUUGUAUCCAAGUGCAUCCAGUCUCUUAACUAACCAUCAGCAUGAAGGUCGAAAAGUUCGUGCUAUAUAUGACUUUGAAGCUGCUGAAGAUAAUGAACUUACUUUUAAAGCUGGAGAAAUUAUUACAGUUCUUGAUGACAGCGACCCCAACUGGUGGAAAGGUGAAACCCACCAAGGCAUGGGGUUAUUUCCCUCUAAUUUUGUGACUGCGGAUCUCACUGCCGAACCAGAAAUGAUUAAAACAGAGAAGAAGACGGUACAAUUUAGUGAUGAUGUUCAGAUAGAGACAAUAGAGCCAGAGCCGGAACCAGCCUUUAUUGAUGAAGAUAAAAUGGACCAGUUGUUACAGAUGUUGCAAAGUACAGAUCCCAGUGAUGAUCAACCAGAUUUACCGGAGUUACUUCAUCUAGAAGCAAUGUGUCACCAGAUGGGACCUCUCAUUGAUGAAAAGCUGGAAGAUAUUGAUAGAAAACAUUCAGAACUCUCAGAACUUAAUGUAAAAGUGAUGGAAGCGCUUUCGUUGUAUACCAAGUUAAUGAACGAAGACCCAAUGUAUUCCAUGUAUGCAAAGUUACAGAAUCAGCAGUAUUAUAUGCAGUCAUCUGGUGUUUCUGGUUCUCAGGUAUAUCCAGGGCCUCCGCAAAGUGGUGCCUACCUGGUUACAGGGAAUGCACAGAUGAGCCAUCUCCAGAACUACAGUCUUCCCCCAGAGCAACUGUCUUCUCUCAGCCAAGGAGCCGUUCCAUCACCCGCAAACCCAGCCCUUCCUAGUCAGCAGGCUCAGACUUCUUAUCCUAAUACAAUGGUCAGUUCUGUCCAAGGAAAUACAUAUCCCACCCAGGCUUCAGUGUAUAGUCCUCCUCCUGCUGCUGCUGUUGCUGCUGACGUCACUCUGUACCAGAAUGCAGGAACUAAUAUGUCCCAGGUGCCAAACUAUAGCUUAACGUCAUCAACUCUGCCUCAACCAGUAGGCAGUCAACAGCCACCUCCACCGCAGCAGCCAUAUUCUCAGAAGGCUCUGCUAUAGGACUUGGGAUUCCUCUUUGUGGCAAAUAUCUGCUAAGUGCAGCCGACAACAUUAGGAGAUUCUUUAAUAUCUUAAGAUUUGUCUCUCCUUAGCUUAUAGGAAUCUAUCCUGGUCAACAAAUUUAAAUAUUCAUGAAGGUAGAACUCUGUUCAAUUUGCACUGACUUUUUAGAGUUCUCCUACCCCCACCUUCCACCCAGAGGAAUGAAACUACUUAUAACGUUUAAUUCCUUUUGAAAGAAUUGAUCCGAUAUUGUCUCGUAAAAUUACCUGGCUGAAAAAAGUCAAACUUACAAAAAGCUGUUGUGACAAAUGUUGUGUACAUAUAUUGAUGUAUAACUUCAUCAGUGGCCAUUUUGAAUCACACUGUUGAUCAUGUGAAUAUAUUUAACACUGUUAAAUUAAUUUGCAUUACUGUUUUAUUUUAACCAUGAAUGACUACCGUGUUUCGUAAUUUGUGUGAAUUUAAGGUAAUUACACUCUCCUUUUAAACAGCAAAAGAAGACAGUUGUCACGUAUUUACACGAAGGCAUUAUGUUGUCCGUGUUUUAGUUUCACAUUAAACUGAACCUUUUACUAAUUGUGAGCUAACAUAUGUAUGGUAUGUCUUUCUGCAGUCUCUGCGUACUACUAGCUGUCAUCACACCAUCGUACAGUAGCUGCGUUUUUGGUGCGGUUAUAUAGCAAAUGGUAACUUUCCUUAUUAAACUUUCACAUUUUGGCGUUUUAUUUCAGGAUAUUGUGGGACCAUGUGAUAAACUAAGUAGGAUCACGUCUUAUUUUUAAGGAAAUGUCAAUUUACUCUUUCCUAGUUGAACAUAGUAAUUAGAUUUCUAAGCUGUAUACUGUGUUUAUUGGUGGCAAUGACACCAAAGAUCGAGGCAACGGAAAGAAAUUUUUAAACUGGGAAAGCAAACAAACAAAACAUGAAUUACACUACAUUUUCAAAAUCUGUUGUAAUCAUUUAGGAUAUAAACAAAAUUUUGUUCAUCCGUCUUACCUGACUGCUAGUCUUUUAAGUGUGUUUUUAGCACAUUGUAUCCUUUAAUUCUUCAUUAAAGUGGGUGUAAGUUGAUGUUUCGAAGUAAUCUGUAUUCCUGACUUUGCUUAGCAGUUUAUGUAUUUAUUGUGAUCCUUCAAACUGGAUGUUUGGACUUCUCUCUCUCUUUUAAAGUUGAUCUAAUGAAAUCAUUUUUGGCUUCCUCUUCAGAAAUAUUUUUAAUUUUAAUUUGUUUCCUUUAAUCCAUAUGAAAAAUGCUUUCCACUGAGAUUUUAACCUUUCUUCUUAAAAUAUUUAUAAUUUCCUUGGUUAUGUUAUACUGUUAUUUAACACUUAUUUAAAUGACUGAAAAAUUGAGCAGAGUACUAUAUUAAAUUAAUUAACAAAUUUUCUACCAUAAACAAAAAUUUAAUUUGUGUUUCUUAAGACAGGGGAUUUUUUUUUUUUAAGACUGUUGUAAACAGGUAUCUUGUUUGCUUUUUGACAAAUGAUUUCAUCUUCGGCAAGAAAUCUCCUUAAUGGUGACUAAUUUUGUAGGUUCAAAUGUAGAGCACCAUCUUCAAUUUAAGUGUUUUACUCUAGUGUUAUAUAUUCCUGAGUUUGGGGUGUAUUGCCCUCAAAUAGAAAUUUUAAAAUUUGAAUCCAAACUUCAUAUUGUUUAAAUUAUUAGUAAUUUAUUUUCUGAUAAAGAUUGGAAAGCGUUGCAGUCUUUUUCCUUACAAUUUGAAUAUUUUAGCUCAACCGAUAGACUUCUUCCCAAUUUGUAUUGUAUUUCCCUUUGUCUUUUGAUAAAUUCUGGUUUACCAGUGUCAGAUGAGUCAUUUUCCUUUUUAAUUUUGAUAUCUUUCAUGCUAUAAAAUCAAUUACAAAUUUUUGAGUACAUCUUUUGCCCCAUAAAAGUCAAAGUAUGAUAAAAUGAAAAAAAAAAAAAUUUACCCUUACUACAAAGUAUAUACAUUUUUCUUUACCUAUUACAUUUUUUUUUUAUUAUUACAUUACUCAGUUGAAAGUUUAGAUGAUGAAUACUUAAAACUGAUACUAUAUUAUUUUGUGCCUUUCAUUUAAUAAGAAUGAAAAUACCAGGUGGAAAGAUUCCAAUAAAAUUUUUCCAAUGACAUGGCAAAUAUGGAAACAGGAAAGGACCAUUUAGGAGUUCAAAUUAUUUUUUCCUGAAACCUGUAUGUGUUGCACUUUUAAGAAAUCUUUUCUUUAAAAUAUAGCUGUCCCUAAUUUGAAGGAAUAAAAUUAUUUAUAAAUUGAGCUAACUAUAAUGUGAAUUUUUGUGAAGCAAAUUUUAUUUCCCAGUUUAUUUCCUUUAUAAAGUUGCAAGUUUGUUUCUAUAAAACAAUGACAUCCAAAUGAAAAAACAUUGAUCCAGUUACUGCCUAGUGUAAAUAGCGGAUAGAUUCCACAGCCAGUUGUAUGUUGUAUCAGUUUCUUAAACCUACUAGGAGUCUUUGUAGUAUGUACUUAAUACGAAUUUAUAGUCUUUUCUAACUCUGUGGUCGUUCUUCACUGUUAUCUGUCUCCCCUGCUCAGUGAGGGACCUUCUUAUGUACAUAGAGGUUUUCUUAUUAUUAAAAACUUUUGCAACUUUGAUUUUAUACUUCUUAAUUUUUGUAUUUAAAUGCUUAAUAGACCAUUAUAAUUGUUUUGUGAUAGAUACAGCUUUCAUAUAUGACAUAUGUUUCAUUCAACUUGAAAAUAUCUUUAGUUCAAAGCUUCAAGUUAUAUAAGACAAAUUAAUGCCCUAUAAAUGCAACUACAAAAAUUAUAUAAAUUCUCUAAAAUGAGGUCCAUUGGCAUAAUUGGUCAGUUUUUCAUGUUCUUAAUAUGUUAAAAUCACUAUUUUCUUUUCCUCAUCUGUUUUCUUUGUUUACUUACUAGUUAUACAAAUAAUUAUAACUUCUGUCUAUAUCACUUUUUAAAUAUAUAAUAACCAAAAUAUAGUUUAAAAUUUUCACUCUAGUCUCAUUUUUCUUUUUCUUUUAUUUGAUUUGCCUUUUUAGUAGAUUAACUGUUUGAACCCCUUAGAAUAAAAUAUAUAGAAUCUUACCUGGGAAUGUUUUCUCAAAGGCCUUAUAUUCAGUUCUCUUUUAUUUUAGUAUUAUGAUACAAUUACCUAUAUAUUAUUUUCUAUACUAUUUAUAAUUUUUUCCUGAUGACAUUCCAGAGCAUUUUUAAAUCUUGUUAUUUAAAAUCUUCUAUUUCGCUGCUGAACAAAGUUUAACAUUUUAUUGGUGAUAACUUGUAGUCUUAGUGUAAUUCACUGAUUUUCUGACUCCCUAGCUUCAGAUAACACUUUCCACUGCUGUCAUUGUGUGUUUGCUGCUUCUUUUAGACUCAUAGAAGUUCUAAUGAGUAUUAUAUAUGAAAUUCUUAAGAGUCAAUAAGCCACUAGAUAAAAGCUAAAGGGGCUGAUUUUAAUGCUCUUUGGUGCCUGGAGACUUUUAAAAAAAUACGUUUGUUUUAUAAAAGAGUAGCAUCAACUUUUUCAUCAGAUGUCUUGAUCAGUAACAGAUUUUUUGGUAUAUAGCCUCAGCAUAUGUAUGUGUAUUUAUGAAUUGUACAAGUUCUACUGUACGAAUACAUGUUAUAUAUUAUAAAACACACCAAAAAUAGAACCCUUAAAGGGGUGAGAGAAAAAAACGUUAAUGGAAACUCUGAUUUUUUUUUUCUGUAUCUCAGUGGAUCAUUUUGUUUAUGCCCUGCGAUGCGUG